AUGGCCAUGGCUGUUCAAGUGGCAGGCCUCUGGCUGCCCACCUCUUCCACAGCCCACACUCACUUUCUUCAUUGCAGAAGCAAUCUAAAACCACCAUCUUCUACAGCUCUCUCUGCUACAGCUUCUCUCUCAUCCCCACCUCCCACUAUCCAGGCAAUAAUCACACCUAUCUUUUGUAGUUUCCAUUUUCAUUCAAAAUUAUGUUUGACCCACAAAAGGAUUGUUGGUGGUGGGAGAGGUCCCAGUUGGUACGAAAAUGGAAAUGGAAAUCUCGAUGGUUUCCAAGGAGAGGAUGAUGAUUGGUGUGAUUUGGAUACUGAACUUUAUCACUGGACCAAGCAACUGCGCCCUGUUCAGUGGUACCCUGGUCAUAUUGCUAAAACGGAAAAGGAACUCAAAAACCAACUCAAGUUGAUGGAUGUAGUGAUAGAGGUUCGAGAUGCAAGAAUUCCUAUGUCAACUAGUCAUCCACAGAUGGAUUUAUGGCUUGGUAAUAGGAAAAGAGUUUUGGUGUUGAAUAGAGAAGACAUGAUAUCCACGGCAGACCGGAAUGCUUGGGCCACUUAUUUUGCAAGGGAGGGAACGAAGGUUGUCUUUUCCAAUGGCAAACUUGGAAUGGGUGCCAUGAAGCUAGGCCGGUUAGCUAGAGCAUUAGCAGCAGAUGUGAAUGUCAAACGCAGAGCCAAAGGACUUCUCCCACGUGCGGUACGAGCUGGUAUAGUUGGAUAUCCAAAUGUUGGGAAAUCAUCUUUGAUUAACCGUUUGCUGAAGCGACGAAUGUGUGCAGCAGCUCCAAGACCUGGAGUUACAAGAGAAUUGAAGUGGGUUCAUUUUGGGAAAGAUCUUGAAUUGCUAGACUCUCCUGGUAUUCUCCCAAUGCGGAUUAGUGAUCAGACAGCAGCAAUAAAGCUUGCUAUUUGUGAUGACAUUGGAGAGAGAUCCUAUGGUGUUGCUGAUAUUGCUGCAGUUCUUGUCCAGAUGCUAACGAGGCUUCCAUCAGUGGAUUUGUUCAGAAGCUUGCGGUUCACAUGUUUAAUGGGGAUAGUCAUCAAGCAGCAUUUCGAGUGCUGUCGGAUUUUCGGAAAGGGAAGUUUGGUUGGAUUGCACUGGAGAGGCCUCCCAGAUAGUACUAUUGGAACUUGGUGUAUCAAAAUCUUGGCAAGAGAAGGUGUCAGUGUCCUGAAGGAAAUUAAUGAAGCUUCACGAUGGAGUAAUAACGUUGAUUGUGGAGAGGAUCAUAUGAGCAACGGUGGAUUGCUUUAUUAA